AUCGAAGGAUUGGAAGAACGCGAAAAUGUCGACUCGACUUCCGUAGAAAUCAAAUGCUGUCGUCAUUCUGAUUCCGACGCAGGGUCUUUCGAUUUGCGUUUCGCUUAUCUCAAUCGCUGUUGGAACAAACCAUGAUCAGCGUUUUAGCCCAGGAGCGCCUGUUGGGUGCCGCGCUAGGGAGCUUGUUAACCGGAGCGGUGGUUUUUGAGCACCGUCGGAGCAUCUACAAGUCCGUUCAUAAAUCCGAGCCUCAGCAAACCGAGCCUAUUUUUGGAAGGAAAUAUCGGUUGAAGUUUGCGCACACAUGGAAUAAAGCUGUGGACAAGACAUUAGGGCCUCUAAUCGAGUCCUUGAGCUCCCGCGGAUGGUAGGAUCGAGCACUGCACCAACCACUGUAUGAAUUGUUAUCUUGUUGCACGUAUGCGCGUGUUUAUCCAUUUUUUUUUUUUAAAUAUUUGCCGUGACAUCUAUCUAGCUGCUAACUACUCCCCUUUUCGAGUUAAUUCCCAAGUAGGGAUGUAAUUGCUACGUAUCGUCUUGCAUCCUAUCCUAUCCUAUCUUUACAUUGUUUUGAAUUUGAUUUACUGAAGAGCUGAAAUUUGAUUGUUACAAUAAAAAGAACAGUUGAGAUUGAGAUA